AUGUAUAUUCAUCUCAACAAAAAGAUAACCGUGCCCAACUGCAACAAGGUGCGCACCAUCUCCUGGAGCAGCGACCACGAGUUUAUAGCAUGUGGUGGGGAGAAUGGCGUGCUGAAGGUAAUCAAACUCGAGGCCAAUCUGAACAGUCUGAACAAGGGCGAUAAUGCACGCAACUUUUCACAUAAUCAAACUCUUGAAAGCCACAAGACGACCGUUCAGCAUGUCUGCUGGAAUGAGCCAUUUCAGAAGUUGACAUCCAGUGACGAUGCAGGCUCCAUCAUCGUCUGGAUGCUCUAUAAGGGCAUGUGGUACGAAGAGAUGGUCAACAAUCGAAACAAGUCACUGGUCACCGGCAUGGCUUGGACUUUUGAUGGGCAGAAGAUAUGCAUUGUUUAUGAUGAUGGGGCCAUUAUUACGGGGUCUGUCGAUGGAAAUCGUAUUUGGGGAAAAGAUAUAAAAAAUGCCAACUUGUCAAAAGUUGAGUGGUCUCCAGAUGGAAAAACCAUUUUAAUUGGAACAAACGAACUCGAAGUUCAGUGCUUUGACAAUAUGGGAAACUUUGUGAAGAAGGUGCCCCUUGCCACUUUACAAGCACUGUACGGCCGAGCAAAUGCCUACAAAGAGGUGCCCACCUUGGUGAGCAUAAAGUGGUUCAAGAACAGUGCCAUCGACCAUCCACUGAUUGUGGCCUUUGAAGAUGGCUGGUUGCAGUUGAUGAAACACGAAGCGGAUGACUUUCCUUUGCUCAUUAAUACUGAACUGAAAAUUAGUUCGGUAGAGUGGAACAAUGCUGGUGAUAUGUUUGCCGUUACAGGCAGUGGCCAGGCAGAGGAUGGCAGCAGAAAGAACUUUCUUAAACUGUACAGCAACGAGGGGGACAUGCUGCAGAUGGUCAAAGUGCCUGGAAGUGAAAUUUGCGACUGCUCAUGGGAUAAAAGCGGACUCAAGCUGGCGCUCGCAGUCGAUACGUACAUUUUCUUUGCCAGUGUAAAGCCCAACUACGACUGGGGCUACCUCACCAACGCCAUUGUCUUUGCCCUUCCCAGCCAUGGAAGGGGCAAACGACUUAUCUUCAAGGAGAUCAGAACUAAUGAAACGUACGAGAAGGAGGUGAACAACUUCUGUCAGAUGGCCACUUGGAUGCAGUCCUGUGCCGUGGUCAGCAAGGUCGAACAAGGGGGCAUCAUCAGUGGCAGUGGGGCUGGUGGCAGCGGCAGCGGCGGCGGGGGCAGCAGUGCUCAAUCGACUGCCGAAGGGAAGCGCAGCAACUCUGAGCAGACCCACUCUCUGGCACUGUACAACUCGAUAGGCACGCUCAUCGAUCGGCACCUGGUGAACAUGAAAGUGCGCCACUGCUGCAUCAACUCUACGCAAAUGAUCGUCGCCUCGGAUGACUCUUUCUACGCGUGGACGUUUAAUCAGUCCUUCAGUGGAGGCACUGUCAGUCUAAAGAAUGUCCACAGUGAGCGGUUGUAUAAUGAAUUGGCACUACAAAGUGCCGGGGGAGAGCGCCUGGAGGGUGGGCACAGUCAGCAGACGGCGACGGCGACGCUGGUCUCGCGCUCCGAUCCCAUUUCAUGCAUAACUGCAUCGGAGAGAAAUUUGCUUGUCGCCAACCAGUCGGGGGUCAUAAAUCAAUUUCUGCUGCCUAAUGCAGUUCGGGUGCAUCAGAUUCAAGUGGCCGACUGCAUUCCCUACCGCCUGGCGAUGAACCGAAACUCAUCCCGGCUGUCGCUGAUUGACAAAUCCUCGAAGCUGUACAUCUACGACUUUGACGCCACCAACGAACAGACCGGCACUGAGGGCGACUGGCUCGAUGUCAGACUGCAGGACGUCUGGGACAUGCGCUGGGCCGCCGACAGUGCCGACCUGCUGGCGGUCUGCGAGAAGAGCCGACUGGUCAUUCUAAACUCGAGCACCCUGGAGCGAGAAGAGCCCGUUCUUUCUAACGGCAACAUCUGCUCAUUCGAACAGCUCAGAGUGAAGACGCUUCUGCUAGACAGUCUGAUUGUCGAUACAAUGGCAAAUGGAACAGGGGCGAAAAAGGCGGUGGACAGUUACAUAGACCAGGUGGAGUCGCAGUCGAUUCGUGAGCUAAAGGACAUUAUGGCCGAGUCGCUACCUGAUGCAGUCAACUACAUUCUGCAGGGAGCAAGCUUGCCUAGUUUGUGGAACAUUGUCGCCGAGCACAGCUUGAAUAGCCUUCAGCUGGACACGGCCAGUUUGGCGUUGGUGAAGUGCAAGGACUACAAAGGCUUGCAGUUUAUCAAGAAGCUCAACAAGCUAUCUGACGAUGAUCUGAAGCUAGCCCAAGUGCUCACCUACCUGAAUCGGUUUGAAGAGGCAGAGACUAUUUACAUUGAACGUAAUCGACCUGAACUAGCUAUUCAUAUGAAUGAAGUUUUAGGGCGGUACUCUAGAGUGCUUGAGUUGCUGGAAAAGUAUCGAAUUGCCAACUACCGAAAAGAAGUCGAAUCGGCGCGAUACAAACUGGCACAGUAUCACGCCGAUCACUGUCAGUGGGCGGAAGCUGCGGAGAACUUUGAGAAGGUGUCCGCGUACCAGCAACUGGUGCCCUGUUACAUACACCUGGAGAACUACAAUGGCCUGGUGCGACUCAUUGACCGAAUCACCUCGAGUGACAGUGCCCUCCUCACUGACAUCGGAGUCUUCCUCCAGUCAAUGGGCCUGUGCAAGGACAGCGCCCGGGCUCUGGUGAAGGCGGGUAAGGUAGAGCGCGCCAUUGAAGUGUGCGUCUCCAUGAGCGAGUGGAAGCUGGCCAUUGAUUUGGCCCAUGAACACAAGUUCGAACACAUUGACUCCAUUCUAAGUCAGUACGUUGACCACCUUCUGCUCGAGCGAAAGUACAUCGAAAUUGUUGAAGUGAAGGCCAAUAAGAUCAGUAACGCCUCGGCGAUGGUGGUCACGCUGAUUGGUGAACUGAAGAAGACGGGCAAGGGUGAUGCGGCACUCUUCAAGAAGCUCUUUGUGCUCAUUGGCAUGCUGCAUCAAGAGGGACGCAGAAAGGCAAACAAAGGCGCUACCUCUACUGCUCUAGAUGACCUUCUCACCACCGAUGAGGCGAUUCCUUCUGAUUUGGACAAAAAGAUGGUAGAGGAUCCGUGGAAAGGAGCUGAGGCGUACCACUUUCUGCUGCUGACCCAACGGCACCUGUACGAGAGCUACUACGACUUGGCAAUGAAGACGGCACUGCACCUGCAGGACUACGAAGAGUUUCUCAGCAAUGAGGAAAUCUACAGUCUGAUAGCGCUGGCCAGCUACAGCUGCAAGUCAUUCUCCGUCUGCUCGAAAGCAUUCAUCAAACUGGAGGCAAUGAGCACUGACAGCCGUGAGCCAAACUGGAAUGCCUCCGUGUUGAUUGGCGAGCCAGACAGUGAGGACCUGGACAGGGUGGACAUCUCACAGGAGCAGCGGGAAAAGUACGAAAAGCUGGCAAUUGAGAUAUUCGGCGUGAACUCGCCCAAUGAACAGGAGAGGCAGGGCACUGAGAUGACGGUGGAGUGCAAGUUCUGCGGCACUUCAAUACCCGACUACAGCAUCUCCUGCCGACAGUGCAGCACCAAGUUUCUGCCCUGCAUCGUCAGCGGCAAGUCCAUUCUCGACAGCAGACAUCAGUGGACAUGCAAACAGUGCGCCCACCAGGCCAUUAAAACGGAAAUCAAGCAGUACAACAACUGUCCACUGUGUCACUUUCGCAUAGACUAG